AUGCAUUUGGCUCGGAGCUUUGUCUUGUCGUGCCUAGUGGCAGCUGGUCUAGCUUUGCCUAGUAAGGAAAGUACUAAGCACCAGGAAAAUAAGGCUCGCAGUGCGGGUUACUCUCUUAAGGAGCCUCCCUUGACAACACCAUGGACUGAUAAAGUCGGAACGAAGCCAUGGCCCGAAUAUCCGCGGCCAUUGCUGCAGCGCUCUGAAUGGAAGAAUCUCAACGGGGUAUGGAAGUACCAAAGUGCUCCGAGCCUCGAUGCUGUUCAGCAGCCACCUUUUGGACAGGAACUUGCGCAGGAUGUCCUGAUCCCGUCGUGUCUUGAAAGUGGAUUAUCCGGGAUCCAAACCGACUCGGCUCUGUACUCUUGGUUCUCAACAUCAUUUGAAGUAUCCUCUUCCUGGAAGGGUGAGCAGGUACUGCUCAAUUUUGGAGCUGUAGACUAUGAAGCCACAGUCUUUGUCAACGGCAAAAAGGCAGGCUUCCACCGUGGCGGAUACUUCCGCUUCGCCGUGGAUGUGACGCAGUACCUGAAGUUUGAUCAGCAGAAUGAGCUUCUUGUCUUUGUACAUGAUCCUACUGACGAUGGGGACUAUGUCAUCCCCAUUGGAAAGCAGACUUUGAGACCUAGUCACAUCUUUUAUACCCCAUGCAGUGGUAUAUGGCAAACUGUUUGGCUCGAGGCUUCACCAGCCAACUACAUUACUCAGCUCGACCUUAACGCAAACAUGGAUGGCCAAGUCAACAUCACUGUACAUAGCUCCGCCACGGAUGAACAGGCCCAGGCUGAGGUAAUUGUCCACAAAGAUGGCAAGACCGUUGCAAAGCAUAAAGGCCCCACCAACGAGCCAUUCCAAUUCACCGUAUCCUCGCCCAAACUCUGGUCCCCGAACUCACCUGAGCUGUACGAUGUGACUGUCAAACUCGGGAACGACAAAGUGGAGAGCUAUACUGGCUUCCGUACAAUUUCUAGGGGUAAGAUUGACGGGGUUGAGCGACCCUUGCUCAAUGGAGAAUUCAUCUUCAUGUUCGGAACCUUGGAUCAAGGUUAUUGGCCCGAUGGUUUAUACACACCACCCAGUAAAGAGGCGAUGGUGUACGAUUUGAAGAUGCUAAAGAAGUUGGGCUUUAACAUGGUCCGCAAGCAUAUCAAAGUCGAGACCGAUUUGUUCUAUCAAGCAUGCGACGAACUCGGCCUGCUUGUGAUUCAGGACAUGCCUUCCCUACGUCCAUCGCAGUCCAAAAGGGGACCAGAUGGCAACUCCUAUACUAUCCUACCGGACGAGAAGCAACAAGUCGAAUUCGCUCGGCAGUUAGAUCUGUUGAUUAAUCAGCUCAAAAGCUUCCCCAGUAUUGCAACUUGGGUCAUUUACAACGAAGCCUGGGGCCAAAUCACAGACUAUUAUCCCGAGUUUGAAUUGACCGACAGGGUUAGGCAGCUGGACCCCACUCGGCUUGUGGACUCGACGACUGGUUGGGACGACCACGGCGCUGGCGACUUUAGUGACAACCACCACUACGCAAACCCACAAUGUGGCACUCCCUUCUAUUCCUUACGCUCGAGCCCAUAUGAUCCUAGCCGGAUUGGGUUCCAAGGUGAAUUUGGCGGCAUUGGAACUAAUGUCUCGAUUGAGCAUCUCUGGAACAACCAAGCAGCCAUCGAUACUAUCGACCAAACAUACGAGAUCGACGAAACCAUCGAGGCAUGGAACUAUCGUAGUCAUCUUCUUUUGAACGAACUCGAGGAUCAGGUCCGCAUGUACGCAUGCAGUGGGGGCGUUUGGACGCAGACAACCGACGUUGAGGGUGAGGUCAACGGCCUGAUUACCUAUGAUCGUCGCUUGGCGCGAGUCGACGUGAAACAGUGGCAGGCAGAUAUUAAGGCCCUCUAUGAUGCUGCCGCCGCACGGAGCGAAGUGGAUUGA